UCGACCGUGGUUCGACAUGAGCCUUAUCAAGUGAUAACGGGCGCCGAGAGUGCAGUGGAAGUGACUGCAGCCUGUAAACGACCACGGAUGUUUAUAUUGUUGGCGAGUCGUACGUUAUGUGGUCGUGGUACUGACCAAAAUUGAAAUAAACAUCGACCAUUUGUAUCGCCGCCGUCUGGGAUCUAAACACAACAUGUUGCCUGUCGUCGGCUACGUGGUGCUUGUCGCCGUAGGUCUGUAAUGAUGUUGACAGUGUACGGUAUAUUGAUGAUGAUGAUGAUGAAUAUCGGCAAUGUUGUUUCGGUCGCUUGACCAAAGUUCAUAUUUAAGUCGAUUGUGUUCCAUGUGUGGGAAAAUACUGUCAAAACAUGGUGUCCAUCGCGGCCGUCCAAACUUUAAAGAAAGCUGAUCAGCUGAAAGAACAAAUUUACGCGUCUAAAGACAUAAACAGCACCGAAACACUAGCAUGUCAACAACAGCUAAGGAUCAUCUACCAGCAAGUGCUGACUUUAGACUUGGAGUAUGCAUUAGACCAAAAAGUCGAACAAGACCUCUGGAACCAUGGCUUUAAAAACAACAUCAAUAAGUUGCAACAACUUGCCAAAGACAAAAAAAGUGCAAAACGUAAUGAAUGGAACGCAUUAUUUUUAUCGUGUCUUGAGUCUGCCUACGGCUUUUAUCUUAUGCUUUUGCACAGCAUAUGCUUGACAUUUGAUUUGGACCUACCAUUUCAUAAAAAAUUAUACGGAUUUUGUGAUGCGGAUAAGUCCUUAGGUUCAUCAUAUUUACGAAAACCACAAAAAAGUUCAUGUAAUUACAUUUGUCAAUAUUGCUUGGUGCAUCUAGGCGAUAUUGCUCGUUAUCGUAAUCAAAACAGACAAGCUGAAUCAUUUUACAGACAUGCCAUACAAUUAAGCCCUAACAGUGGACAACCUUACAACCAAUUGGCUUUACUUGAAGCAUCGCGAGGAGAUAAUUUGAGUACGGUAUUUUAUUACAUGAGAAGCAUAAAUGUUAGACACCCAUUUCUAGCAGCUGUCAAUAAUCUAAAUGUUACACUAAACAAAUAUAUUAACUCUAGUCAAGAUAUGCUUUAUAAAACUAAAAUAACUAGCACUGAAUUUGUUCAACUAUUUCUCGCAUUUCAUGGAGUGUUGAUGUCAAAAGAUAAUAUAAAACGUCAAGCAUGUGAUGGAUAUAUCAAAAGUCUUUCAUUGUCAUUCACACCGCUUAUUGCUACUGAAUCAUUUACAUCAUUUAAAUUACAGCAGAUGGUGGCUAUUAAUAUGUUGGCUUUCAACUAUAUUGGAAAUGAAUCUUCGUCAGUUAAAAUACAAUGUUUUCCUGUUGUUGAUUUAUUAGCUACUUUUCUCAAUGCUUUUUUACUUCCUCUAUAUACAAUGAAAGAAAGUCAAAAUAUUUCAGAAUACUAUACCUUACCCGCAGUUAAACUCAUUCUGGAUUGGAUACGAAGUGAUAUUAGUGUCUUGAAUUCUCCUGGUUUUAGAAGUCGUUUGCAAAUUUGGCCUGGUCUUUGCAAAUUAUUAAAUGGAUUGUCUAAUGAUCUAAACCAUGAAGAUUAUUCUCAUAUUCCUUUACCAGAAGAUAAAUUACUCCAUGGCUUUGUUAUGUUAGAAUCAAUUCAUUCGAAACUCAUGCUAAAUUCUGAUGAUAGUACAAAAAUAAAUAUGAAUGUCCUUAGAGCUAGUCGUUUAAUUGAAUUUGGUGUUUGGUUCUCAUCUACUCCAUACUCAUUAAUAAAAGCAAUGAAAAUAGAUAAAGGAUGGAUUUUUGAAAUAAUACCUAAUAGUUCAGGAAGUUCUCAUUCUAUUGAUCUUGCUGCUGAUCUUGAAACAUUAUCAUCAUAUCAACAACGUCAGUUAUUAAAUUCAAGUGAUAGGAAGAGUGGUAUCUUAAAAUUCCAGUCUUCAAAUAACUCAGAUAUUAAACCAGUUCUGCGUAAUGUUGUUUUUGAUUCAAUAAUGAAGAAAAAUCAAGAAACUGAAAUUAAACAGGUGAAAUUUCGAUCUCCAUCUCCUAGUUCAUCAUCUAGUAGUGAAGCUAAAUGGUCAUUAGAAGACCUUGAUCAAACUUCAUCAGAAUUUGAAAAGGAUCAGAGAGCUGUAAAACCUACUCCUAUUGGCUAUCAAUUGCCUCAUCAUUCCAGUAAUUUCAACUCUUCAAAACCUAACAUUAAUCCUACUAUGAAUACUUUUGGUCAACUACAUCUGAGUGGAUUUCCAACUUCAUCAGAAAGUCCCUGUAGAUUUGGUCAGCCUUUACCAAACUUUUCUACUUGGCCACAACCACCAGCAAGUUGGAUUGACAGUAUAAAACAACCUCAAAACAACCAGCCAAAACUUCCAAUGUUUCCAUUUAUACAAAACCAAGCUCCAAUUGGACAAUAUCCAAAUGGUACUUGGUCAAAUAUUAAUUCUCCUCAAGUUGCACAUAAUUCACCUUUGCAAAAUAAUUUAAAUCAUUUCAGUAUAAGAGAUGAUCAACAACGUAACUAUUAUAAUAAUACAAACAACAGUUCAUAUUAUUCACUAUUCAAUCAACCUAAUAUUAUGAUUCCCCGAAAUAUUGAUACAAGUCAAGAGCCCAGUAAUAGAUCAUUUGCUACAUUUCAUCAACAGUCGUUAUGGUCAGGACCAGGACCAUCACCACUUGAACGACUUUUAGAGCAGCAACGUGGCCGUGAUGCAUCAGAAGGAGGUGCGUAAAGGAUUUAUUCAAAUCACAUUGGUUAUAAUUGAUUAAAUUAUAGGCCUAUAACUUAGCUGAUAAAUUGAUAUUUCAAAUUAGCAGAAAAAUGUCUUAAAAAUGUAUCAUCCCUUAAGCUACAUUUUUUGGUUUUAUGACAAACAUUGUGUAUGAAAAUUAUGUGAUUUUCAUCUUAAGAGUAGGUGUAAAAUGACAGCCUUCUUGUUUAAACCAUAAGUUAUGAACAGUUUUCAAUAGAGGUUGGUUUCUUGUUUUUUUUUUUUUUUACCAAAAAAUAUCAAUAAUUUAUUUGUUCCGUAACAAUUUAUUUCUAUAAU